AUGGAUAAUAAAGAUUCGAAACCAGCUAUGGAAUACAGAUAUCUUGGAAAGACUGGACUCAAAGUAUCAGUUUUAUCUUUUGGAAAUAUGGUAAACCAUUAAGCUGCUGACCCUCAAGCCUCAACAACAGAAAUCGUUGCUAAAUGCCUUGAAUAUGGAAUCAACUUCUUCGACACAGCAGAGAUUUAUUCUCUUGGAAAUGCUGAAGUUUUCCUUGGUUAAGCUUUCAAGGACUUAAAAGUCAGAAGAGAAGAUAUUGUAGUGACUACUAAGUUAUUCUUUGGAACUGACGGUUUUCACAGUUUAAACCCUUCCUGGGUUAAUAGAAAGGGAUUGAGCAGAAAGCAUAUCAUUGAGGGCACUAGAAAUUCUCUCAAAAGACUCUAACUAGAUUACGUGGAUGUUAUUUAUGCUCACAGAUAUGAUGAAGAUACUCCUAUUGAGGAAGUAGUAAGAGCAUUCUCAUGGGUCAUUGAUCAAGGUCAUGCUUUCUAUUGGGGAACAUCAGAGUGGGAUGCUGAUCAGAUUACCAAUGCUAUUCUCUAUGCCUAAGCUCACGGUCUUCACGCUCCAGUUACUGAAUAGCCCCAAUAUAAUAUGUACGUUCGUGACAGACUUGAAAAAGAAUAUGCAACUUUGUUCAAACUUUACGGUUAUGGUACAACCUGCUGGUCACCCCUAGCUCAAGGUCUCUUGACUGGAAGAUACAAUGAUGGCAAUAUGCCAGAGGAUAGCAGAUUUGUUGUGGAUAAUUCUUUCAAGGACUUUAAAGAUAGAGCUAUGAAUUAAUUAUUCGGACCUGGAAAGAAAGAGAAAACAAUCGAGGCUCUCAACAAAUUAGCUGAGCUUGCCAAAUAGCAUGGUUUCACAUAAACUCAGCUCGCUCUUGCCUGGGCUCUUGCUAACACAGAUGUAUCUAGUCUUAUUCUUGGAUUCUCAAAAGCUCAUUACGUUGAGGAAAAUGUGAAAGCUCUUGAUCUUUAUAGAAAAUGGAAUUAGGAGUUAGAAUCAGCUGUGGAGGGAAUUCUUGGAAACACACCGGCUGCUUCAAUUAAUCCAAGAGAGUUCAGACUUAACAAGACCAGAAGACAACAAUAAGUUCUCUUUGGCAAACUAUGA